AAAAACAAAAAACCAAAAGCAAAACAUACAUCGUUCUGCCCUGUGGUUCUAAUCCUAAAAUUCGGGAUCUCGAUUCGUAGGCAACAAAGAAAAUUGUUCCCCGGGAGCCUGCGAUCUAUCAAUCUCGAGGCGGCUGCGGAAGCAGGCGAUCGGUCGGCGAUGCCGAAGAAGAUGGGCGUAAACACGAAAGCGGAGGCCGCGCGCGCCCGUCGGAGCGCUGCAGAGGCGGAUCGCAAGGACCGCGCGGCCAAGGAGAAGGAUGAACAAUACUGGCGCGAGGCGGAGGGUUCCAAGACCCGCGCAGCCAAGAAACGUGAGGACGAGACAGAGAAGCGCGCCGAGGCCGCCGCCCGCCGGGCCGAGAAUCGCAAGCUCGCCGAGCAGGAGCAGCGGGAGAUCGACGCCGCCGGCCGCAAGCCUGACCGCAAGGCCGCCCGCGUUUCCAUCCCCGUACCCAAGGUCACCGAGGCCGAGCUCCAGCGCCGCCGUGAGGCGGAACGGCAGCGCAUCCUUCAGAACGCUGAGGUCGCCAAGAAGCAGCAGAGCCGGUCCGCCGAUGAGGAGGAGUACGACCGGAUCGUGAUGGUGGAGAACACCAAUAGGGACGACUCUGUCAUCGAGGCCCAUUCGGUGGAGGACGCCAUUGCCCGAAUGGCCCUCUCCGAACCAGCGCUGCCUACCGAUCGUCACCCUGAGAGGAGGCUCAAGGCUUCUUUCAAGGCUUUUGAAGAAGCAGAACUUCCCAAAUUGAAGGAAGAGAAACCAGGUCUGACCCUCAAUCAGUACAAGGAUAUGAUAUGGAAGCUCUGGAAGAAAUCCCCUGACAAUCCCCUCAACCAGGCUGCUACUGAGUGACCGCAUGCAACUUUCAAUCAAACAAUUGCAGAUAAUGGAGGUGCAAGUUAAUUCCAGUUGCUGUCUCUUCAAGUACGGAUGGUUCUGUUGAUAAUAUGCAGUGCGAGUACCAGUAUUGUAUACUAAAAGAGCAAUAGAUCUUGAGACAAUUAAGACAAACUACAGAUUAUUUUUCUUUGUCAACACUUGGAUGUUGCAGAAUUCUAGUACUUCGAUAUCGUUGGAUUGCA